AUGUCGAAUAACGAGGAUCAACAGCACAUCCCCACAAACAAGAAGGAGGAGGAUCAAGAAGAGAAUAAAGGCUCAGGCGGGCUUCUUGCACCUCUCGCUGACCCGGUUGGCAAAGCCCUCAACACCGGCCUCCGCCCCCUCGGCGCGCCCCUCGAGAAAGUCACCGGCCCCCUCGGCAACGCCCUCGGCGGCACCACUCGUGGCGCCCUCGGUCCCAUGAUGGGCGAAAAAGAAGAGCGCUCGGAGCUGCUCGGCGGAAACAAUGUCGAUAGCUAUAGCAAGAAGGAGAGCUUAGGUGGGAAAGAGCAGACCGGGCAGAACCCGUUGGGUUUGGAUCAGACAGGGCGGUGGGGAUUUGAGGGUGAUGGGCAGGGAAAGAAAUAA